UUAUAACUUUUAUUUUAACCCUUUAUGAACUGACUAUUCAAAAGUGUCAUGGCGGUUGAAAUUAAAGAAGAAAUCGAGAGAAAAAUUAAAAGAGAAAAAGAGGAGGAGGAGGAGGAGAAGGAAGAAAAUGGUGAUGAAGACGAAGAUGAAUUUUUGGUUCCUCGUAAAAGAUUAAGAACAGAUCAAAUGAAAGAGCACCCUCUCAGUAGAAACUGCCCAUAUUUGGACACAAUUAAUCGCUCGAUUUUAGAUUUUGAUUUUGAAAAAUUAUGCACCGUCUCGCUAUCCAAUAAUAACGUUUACGCUUGCCUUGUAUGUGGAAAGUAUUUUCAAGGGCGUGGUCAACACUCCCAUGCAUAUAUUCACAGCGUUCAACAUUACCAUUACGUGUUUCUUAACUUAAAGACGUUGCAAUUUUACUGUCUCCCGGACAAUUAUGAAAUCAUAGAUCCUUCACUCGAAGACAUUAAACAUAUUUGUCGUCCAACAUUUACUUCACAAGAAAUUGAGUCACUGGAUAAAUCAGCAAAAUGGAUGAAAGCUCUAGACGAGACUAAAUAUCUACCAGGUAUACUUGGUCUUAACAAUAUAAAAGCCAAUGACUACAUGAAUGUGAUACUGCAUACUUUGGCUCAUAUAACUCCUUUCAGAGAUUAUUUCUUAAACGAGGACAAUUAUUUAAGCAUAACUCCUCCGCCUGGAGAUCAGACAUUUACACUAGUUCAUCGGUUAGGUGAAUUAUUUCGUAAGCUAUGGAAUCCCAGGUAUUUUUUAUUUCGCGCUCACGUCAGUCCACAUGAGAUGCUUCAGGCAGUGUCUUCUGUGAGCAAGAAAAGAUUUAAAAUUGUUGAGCAAGGUGAUCCAGUUGAGUUCAUGUCCUGGUUAUUAAAUACGUUACAUUUUGCUUUGUCUGCCGGUAAAAGGAAGAAUAAGAGCAGCAUUGUAUAUGAUACUUUUCAAGGAGAAAUGAAGAUUUACACAAGGAAAUUACCGCCACAAACCGAAAAUGAAGAUGAAAUGAUGGACUAUUUGAAAAUGGAAGAAUACAAACAGAAAGAAGAAACGACUCCAUUUUUAUAUCUAGCACUUGACUUGCCUGCCCCUCCAUUAUUUCAAGAUGAACUUGAAAAGAACAUCAUCCCACAGAUUCCAUUAUUUGAUUUGUUAAAAAAAUUUGAUGGGACGACAGAAAAGGAAUAUAAAACUCACCGUGAGUCUUACGUGAAGAAGUUUGAGCUGACUAAACUUCCACCAUAUUUAAUACUGUGUAUAAAAAGGUUUACUAAAAACAAUUUCUUCGUUGAAAAAAAUCCUACCAUAGUUAACUUUCCAAUUAAAGAUAUAGACAUGUCAGAGUUUCUCUCUAGCGAUCCAGCAGUACAGGAUUCCCACCCACACACAGUCUAUGACCUUGUGGCUAACGUGUGUCAUGAUGGACAGGCUGGGCCUGGAAAAGGAACAUACCGUGUGCAUCUCAGACAUAAAGGUGCCAAUCAAUGGUAUGAGCUCCAGGAUUUGAAUGUUAAGGAUUUACUGCCUCAAAUGAUAACACUGGCUGAAGCCUACAUACAAAUAUGGGAGCUGAGAAAAGACUAAUAGUUUUCAUGCUUAAAAUGUGUCAGAAAAUGUAUUUUAAAAUUGAAUUUUAUUGAAGUAGGAAGUGCAUUUGUAAUUUGUUUGUCUUUAUGUAUGUAUAACCAUUAUUAAGUAGGUCAAUGUAAA